AGCUUUUCACGUCCGGGUCAGUUGAGGGCGACGGACUCAUCGAAAUGGCUGCGCACUUAAAGAAGCGGGUGUACGAAGAAUUUAGUAAAGUUGUGCAGCAACAACAGUUGGAAGAUUUUCCUGCUAAGAGGUUGCGUUUAACAAAACCAAGCAAGUCUGCUGCUCUCCAUAUUGACCUAUGCAAGGCCACAAACUCUACUGAUGCUCUUCAGUAUCUGGUUCAGUUUGCACGGAAACCAGUAGAAGCUGAGAGUGUCGAAGGAGUAGUGAGAAUUUUGCUUGAGUUUUAUUAUAAGGAAACUGAUUCUUCUGUAAGGCUGAAAAUCGCAUCUCUACUUGGAGUGCUUUCGAAAACCCAUGGAUUUUCUCCUGAUUGUAUAGUUGAUGAUGUUAUUAAUACGCUUAACAAUGAAAAAUCCCACCAAGUUCUCGCACAGUUACUGGAUACUUUGCUGGUUAUUGGCGUGCAGCUUCCAGAAAGCCAGACCAUUAGAGUUCGUCUUGUUGAAGUCGCUUGUAGGCACCUUACAGAUACAUCAUUUGGGGUGAGGAAUAAGUGUCUGCAGCUGAUGGGUUUCCUAGGAACAGUGGAGAAACAAUGUUCCAAAGAAAUGGAGUGCCUGCCAGUACAGGAUGUACAAAAGAUAAUUGGAGAUCAUUUCAGUGAUCAGGAUCCUCGAGUGCGCACAGCAGCAAUUAAAGCAAUGCUACAGUUACAUGAACGAGGGAUGAAGCUGCAGCAAAAUAUAUACAGUCAGGCAUGCAAGCUGUUGACAGAUGACUAUGAGCAAGUUCGAUCAGCAGCCGUACAGUUGGUAUGGGUUCUUAGCCAACUCUAUCCAGAAAGCAUUGUUCCGAUUCCAUCGUCAAAUGAAGAAAUCCGUCUGGUAGAUGAUGCGUUUGGUAAAAUUUGCCACAUGGUUAAUGAUGGAUCAUGGGUUGUUAGAGUUCAGGCUGCAAAACUGUUGGGUUCGAUGCAGCAAGUCAGUGUGCAUUUUCUAGAGCAAACACUGGACAAAAAACUUAUGUCUGAUCUGAGGAGGAAACGUACUGCACAUGAAAGAGCCAAGGAGCUUUAUAGCUCAGGGGAAUUUUCUUCGGGUCGUAAAUGGGCCGAUGAUGCUCCAAAGGAGAAAAUAGACACUGGUGCUGUAAACCUGAUAGACUCGGGAGCUUGUGGAGCAUUUGUUCAUGGGUUAGAAGAUGAGAUGUUUGAAGUGAGGAUUGCAGCUGUAGAGGCUGUUUGCACCUUAGCCCAAGCAUCUGCUUCGUUUGCUGAAAAAUGCCUAGAUUUCCUGGUUGAUAUGUUUAAUGAUGAGAUUGAGGAAGUAAGACUACAGUCCAUCCAUGUUCUACGGCAAAUCUCCAGUCAGAUUACACUGAGAGAAGACCAGUUGGACACUGUGCUUGCUGUACUAGAGGACUCUUCCAGGGAUAUCCGAGAGGCUCUGCAUGAACUUCUGUGCUACACAAAUGUUUCCACAAAGGAAUGCAUUCAGUUGGCUCUGGUGGAGCUACUGAAGAACCUUUCUAAGUACCCAACAGAUCGCAACUCUGUCUGGAAGUGCCUGAAGUUCUUAGGGUCCAGGCACCCUACUCUUGUUUUACCUUUAGUCCCAGAGCUACUAAGCACACACCCAUUUUUUGACACUCCUGAACCAGAUAUGGAUGAUCCAGCUUACAUAGCCGUUCUAGUCCUGGUAUUCAAUGCUGCCAAGUCAUGCCCCACGAUGUCUGCCCUUUUCUCUGAUCAUACAUUUAGGCAUUAUGCCUAUUUAAGAGACAGUCUGUCACACCUUGUUCCUCCUCUAAGGCUGCCUGGCAGGAAGUUAACUUGUGUAUCAGAUCUAGAAAGUGUAGCCUCCAGUGAAGAAUCUUCUCAGCAGUUCCUCCAGCAAAGUUUGGAGAGAGUUUAUAUUAUCCAGCACCUUGAAGCACAGGGAACCCUGGAGCUUCUUGACUUCACUAUCCGGGACCUGAAGAGGCUUGGAGAGCUCCAGCCAGAGCUUGCGGGAGCAUCUGACUUUUCUGCUACAUAUCUUCACUGUCAGCUAUUGCUUAUGAAGGGCCUGCAGGAGAAGUUGUGGAACAUUUCUGCCCCGUUAUAUGUAAAACAGAAUGCAAUGGCCUCUGCUGUGGUUCAGCAAAUUUUGGAGGAAACUUACAAGCUGGAGUUUCUGUAUAGUGGCCUUGAGAACCGACAGGUGGCUAUUAUUCACCAUGUGAGACUACAGGCUAAAGCACUUCAACUUGUCCUUAGUGCACGCACUAGCCGGGGAGUUGAGCCACUUUUGAAUAUUUGUGAAAAGUUUCUCCAAGAUGUCGAUGCUUUUCAGAGGUGUUUCUCCACAGAGCUUCCUCACUUUCAGGAAAGCUUUGUUGAAAAGCUCCUUGAAUUGAUGCCACGACUUGUUACUUGCAACCCCAUGGAUUUGGUCAAAAUUCUACAGACUACCCUGAGACAAAGUGGAUUCCUUCAUCUGAAGCUUCCAGAACAGAUCCACAAAGCAACUGCAACAAUCAUUGAACCUACUGGAGAGUCGGAUAAUCCCCUAAGAUUUACAUCAGGAUUGGUGGUGGCCUUGGAUAUCGAUGCAACACUGGAUCAUGUACAAGACCCACAGAGUAGCGUGAAGGUUCAGGUGGUCUACCCUGAUGGGCAUUCACACACCAUUCGUCCAAAACCAACUGAUUUUAGGAACCCUGGUCCAGGAAGACACCGACUCAUCACUCAAGUGUAUCUGUCACAUUCAGCUUGGACAGAGCCUUGUCAGAUUGACGUCCAGCUUCUUUUAGCAUACAACUCUAGCAAAUGCCAAAUCAAUUCUCCUAAGUCAGCUUGGAGUGAGAGCACUGAAGUUUUCCAAGCUACUGAGAAUUGCAUUGAGGGAAGUAUUCCUCUCAGCAAACCUGUCAAAGUGUACAUAAUGCCUAAACCAGCCAGGCGCUGACAAGUCUUCAUCCUGGUAACAGAGAUUUGGAAAAGAUAUCAGACAUAGUGUCGUUUUGUUUGUUUCUUGUAAAUUAUGUAAAAUAAACUUAAAUGGUUACUUUUUAUAAAAUUA